AUGGUGUCGUCUUCAACCAUGCACAACUUUCCAUCGCCUUGGCGCAUCAAUCAUGCCGGAGAAGUUGUUCGGGAUGUCAACGCUGAAGAAUCUUUGCAAAAAGUGUCACCAGAGCGUGACUCGUUUUUCGGUUCGGAUGCAGAUGCAAAAAAGAACAAUAUGAAGGGAAAGAAAGAGUCUUGGUUUCGAAUUGUUCCAAAGAAAUCGGACAAGAACGGAGACGACAGCUCAAAUUUUCAAGCAAUCGAGAACAUGUUGGACAACAUGCAAUGCUUUUCCUGUGGUCCAAUGGGCGAAAACACAGGCGAUGGGAAGAAGAAGACUAGAUUUUUGCCUACCCUCACCAUACUGUCAAAGAAAGGAGUGAAGACGACACGUGAUGACAAGAGUAAGAAGGAAAAAGUAAAGAAGAAAGAGGAAGCUGCUGCAUCGAAAGACUUGCAGAAAGGGCCUACAAAAGACGAGCACAGGGCAAAAUGGUUCCACAAAAAAAAGCACGAAGACGACCCGAAAUCGACCAGUUAUGAUAUUUGGGCAGCCGUAAUGCCUUCGCCAAUCACUGAGGCAGGGGAUGAGCAGAAGAAGAAAAAGGAAAAGCAAAGCAAGAAAUCAAAAUUGCAAUGGUUUCGAUUAUCCAGCAAGAGUAAAAAAGGAGAGAAGGUGCCAACGGAGGAGAAAGCAAAAGAGUUCGAUCUCACCGCGCUCUCAUCAAUGAUAACUGCUCUAGUCAAUCGAGAAGCCGAGCAGCAAUCUGAGAACAAUAAAGGCGAAAGCAGCAAGGCCAUGACCGAACAAGCUGGUUCCGAAAAGGCAACCGCAACGGAAAUCAGUCACGACACUGAUAGUAAUCUAACUCAAUGGUACGAGAGGCUGAAGUCGGAAGGCGAGGGGUACAUCCGAUUCGUGACUGGAUCUGAUCCGGUGGCUGAAGAGGAUUCACAAGCACCAAGAACUGCCACGGACACGAAAGAUACGUUGAAGCAAGACGAUGCUUCUUUGGAUGGAACAAUUCGAAGUCAUGGCUCUGAUAGCACUUCAACCUGGGUAACAGAAUUCUCGUCGUAUGAAGUUCCGUCGCUACUUCAAGAGUUGAAGCUUCUGACUAGCUUUCAUUCAACGAAAUCAAGGACGAGGCAUGCAAAGGCUUCAAUGACGCCGCAAGAGGACGAGAAGUUUCUCCUACGGAAGAUCGCUAACGAUCCAUCCGUUAGAAGAAACAGCUGCUGUGGCAAAGAUAACACUCUGACAUUACAAACAUUAGGCAAAGAAGGAACGCGAGAUCAUGGAUUCAAAGUGAAGAUUCACGAAGAUCGAGCUCUUUGCGAGGUUUAA